AAAGAGAAGCCCGGCGCUGUCUGUCAGAAAGCACGACCUCAGAAAUGGCAACCGCUCCACGCAGAAGCUUGCAGGCCAUUGCUGCACUGGUCGUGCUGCUGGCGCCGGCGGCGUUAGCUCAGCGGCAGCCACCGCCACCACCGUCGUCAGCGACACUUCCACUGGGGGUCGCGCGGCCGGGCUGCCGCGACAGCUGCGGCAACAUUACCAUCCCCUACCCAUUCGGCAUCGGCGCCGGGUGCUACCGCGACGACGGCACCGGAGGCUUCCAGCUCCUCUGCGACGACUCCCGCUCCCCGCCCCGCCUUACCGUCUACGGCUACGACCACCAGCUCGCCGGCCUGUCCCUCGUCGACGGCGAGGCUCGGGCGUACCUCAACGCGACGCGCGAAUGCUUCAAUUCCACGGGGGGGUACGUCGGCGGGCGGCCGGGUGCCUACAUGUCCCUCGGCGGCAGCCCUGGUGCCAGCCCCUUCUUCUUCUCCCCGGCCAAGAACCGCCUCGUCGCGAUCGGCUGCCCCAACCUUGGCUACUUCGUCGACGACAAAGGCUACUACGUCAGCGGCUGCAUGUCCGUGUGCCGGCCGUCGCAGUACAACAUUCCAGGGCAGGGGUCGUGCACCGGCGUGGGUUGCUGCCAGAGCGCUAUACCGCCGGCCGUCUACUUCUACGAGCCGCACCAGAUCAACUUCCAGCAGGGGCAGGGGGACCCGGCCUUCGCCUCCAAUGUCACCACGUGCCACUACGUGUUCCUAGUCGAGACCGAGUGGUUUAGUUACAGCGACCGCGUGUUCCUCAACCGGACCGACGACUUCGACGUGCCCGUCGUGCUCGACUGGGGCAUCCGGAACGCCGGCAACUGCAGCGCCGCCAAGCGAAACAUGACGGACUACGCGUGCCGGAGUGCGAACAGUGACUGCGUCACCUCCACCAACGGCGCCGGCUACCGCUGCAAUUGCUCCAAGGGAUACGAGGGGAACCCCUACCUCGACGGCGGAUGCAGAGACAUCGAUGAGUGCCGUCGCCCAGACAAGUAUCCAUGCUACGGAGACUGCACAAAUCUGCCGGGAAACUACACUUGCAAAUGCCGUCCGGGAACCGAUGGGGAUGCCUACCAGCAGAACGGUUGUCGGCCCAAGGACAAGUUUACGCUAGCUCUCAAAGUGGUUACAGGGGUCAGCGUCGGAGUGUUCCUGUCAGUGUUCAUGUGCUUCUGGCUCUACCUGGGGCUCCAGAAGAGGAAGCUCAUCAGAACGAAGCAGAGGUUCUUCGAGCAGAACGGGGGCGUCAUCCUGCAGCAGCAGAUGCGUUCCUACAGCAGUGCCGGCGCCGGAGCGGGUGGGUUCAAGAUAUUCUCCGAGGAGGAGCUGGAGAAGGCGACCAACAGCUUCGCCGCCGACCGUGUCCUCGGCCGCGGCGGCCACGGCGUCGUCUACAGGGGUGUCCUCGAGGACAAGACGGUGGUGGCCAUCAAGAGGUCCAAGAUGAUGGAGGAGGCCCAGACCAAGGAGUUCGCGAGGGAGAUGCUCAUCCUCUCCCAGAUCAACCACAGGAACGUCGUCAAGCUGCUCGGCUGCUGCCUCGAGGUAGAAGUGCCCAUGCUGGUCUACGAGUUCGUCUCCAACGGCACUCUCUACCAUUACAUCCACGAUAAGGAUCUCAAGGCUGAUAUAACCCUUGACACCCGUCUUCGGAUUGCGGCGGAAUCCGCGGAGGCGCUUGGGUACAUGCACUCCUCUGCCUCGCCGCCGAUCCUCCAUGGAGACGUCAAGACGGCCAACAUUCUGCUCGACGACAAGCUCACCGCAAAAGUUUCGGAUUUCGGGGCGUCAAAAUUGGCACCCGCUGAUGAGGCCGAGAUUGCGACAUUGGUGCAGGGGACUUGUGGGUACCUUGACCCUGAGUACCUUAUGACAUGCCAGCUAACCGAUAAGAGCGACGUGUAUAGCUUUGGUGUUGUCCUGCUGGAGCUUCUGACCAGGAAGAAGGCACUCUACUUCGACGGCCCAGAGGAAGACAGGAGUCUAGUGUCAUGCUUCAUGACGGCAAUGAAGGCUGGCCGGCAUGAAGAACUUCUUGACAGCCAAGUGAGGAACGAGAUGAGAGCCGAGGUGCUUGAAGAAAUUGCUCACCUCGUGAUGCGAUGCCUGAACAUGAGUGGAGAGGAACGGCCAACGAUGAAGGAGGCGGCUGAGAGGCUGGAGAAGCUGAGGAGAUACCAGCAGCACCCGUGGGCUCAGGCUGAUGGCAAUCUGGAAGAGAGGCAGACCUUGCUUCCCAUGGAACAACGGGAUCUUCCUUCCAUGAUCAGACAGCAAGAUGUCCUGGAUCUUGAAGAGGGCAGCACAUAUACUUACAGCUUGUAGGUAAUAUUAUUUGGGCCAUAAUUUUAGCAGAUUGAUUCAAAGUAUGGAUUCUUUUGGAUGCAACAGCGAAAGGGUGCACACAUGAUGAAGAGCCAAGAACUAGGAACUGAAUAUUAUUCACCGUUGGGGAAAAAAAAAGCCCAAAGGGACAGCAAAAGCUUUGCCGUAAUUUUAUAAGAAGGGACGACAAAUAUUGUUCACCCUUUCUAAAACGGAUCACUAGCUGCUCUUGUUUGUUUGUUCAGAAUGAUGUGUAUAUGCGUCAAGUCCACUGACACUGUUCAUGUUUGUUCCUCAAGAAAAUGCACACUAACUACCACAGUAAAUUGGAGAA